GUUAGUUUGACCAUCGCAUGGCUGCUGGAGUUGCAACCGUUCGCACCGGAGGCAUUGCCCUUCAUCCAGUACUUCCAGGGUGUCCUCGACGCGAUCGCCCGGACGGCGGAUGCAUUGGAUCGGAAGGUCGCCGUAGAUCAAAGUGCCGUCAGUCGCUGGGAGGUGAUGCGGAACAUGACCGACACUCACAAUGUGGCUCUUGCCACGGCCGAUGGCGUGGUAUCCUGUCAUGACAUUGUCCUUGUGGCUUCUUCCCCCGUUCUGAAGGCAAUGCUGUCAUCGACUAUGCAAGAAGGCAAGAGUAAAUCCAUUCAGGUGGAGCAAUUUUCCCUGGCUGGAGUCUCUUUGUUGCUGGACAUACUUUACAUGAGCUCCACGCGCAGUGAUCCAGACUGUCAGGCUACGCUAGAGGCGCUGGCAUUAGCUCAUUGCUGGGAGGUAAAGAGUGCGGUGCAUGUCCUUGCAGACCUUCUCAGAAGCAUGCUUUCAGAAGAGACCUUCGCGGCCAUUGCUGAAGCUGCAGUGCUCCAUGGCCCGGAGGCGCUGCAGCGCCAGUGCGCUUUGUUUGCAUCAGAGAACACACAGGUCCAGACACUUGCCUUAUCCCCGGCAGCAGUGGCAAUGCUGGGUCUUUCAAAUGAAAGGCCCGAUGAUCAGUGCAAGACGGUCCGGCGACGUCGAGUUUUCUGA